UUAAAUUUUUUUAACGUGAAAAUGGAUCAACCUAAAAAAACAACUCAUCGCUUCCCAUCAAAAAAAUUAUCAGUUAAAAAAUCGCUGAGUUCUCGAGUGAUGAAUAUUCUAGGAAUUCGUGCCAAAACUAAUUCCAACCCAGAUGUCGUAGAACCUGUUGUGGAAUCUUUUUCCUUAGGUGCUGGCAAUCAACCACCAUGCUCAUCGAGGGAAACAAUUAGCAAAAUGGUGGAUUUGAGGGAUAAUGAAACUAAUGAUUGGGGUACUGAAAAAGUUUUACAUAACUUGACAUUUGAUGAAUUUAUAUGUAGUAAUCAAGAAUCCAAGUAUGAUUUUUAAUUUAAAAUUUGAUUGAAUAUAUGAGUCUACUAAUUCGCGAAUUUGUUAUUAUUUUUGAAAAACCAGCGUAUUUCAUCCGUUUCGAAUAUUGGUUAUAACAGUUUUAAAAAUUAAAUAUUAUUAUUAAAAUGUUAUAACAGACCAUGCGAUGUAAAUGAAAGUUCGGGAAGACGAAUAGUGGAUAUACUUCCAACAGGUACAAAACUUAAGUUAUCAGACAAUUACGGCAUUGAUGCUUUUAAAGGUGAAACUAUCUGGUCAAACAAUAACAUAAACUGUGAAGAACACGAUAUCAGUGUCCUAUAUAAUGGACCAGCGUCAUUAAUUA